UUGUCAGCAUAUUCCAUACCAAUUUUUAUACCUUUCCUCUCUCAACACAGGUCAAAGCUUAAACCUAAACCCCUCUCUCCCUCUCUCUGUCUCUCAUGGCGUAUACACCUCAGUCCCCGAAUCGCAGCCACAGCGACGAUGAAACCACAUCAAAUCGCCGACUUUACAAUCCCUACAAGGAUCUCAACCUCCCGACGCAAACCCUAUACCACCUCCCCACGCAGCCGGAAUUCCUCUUCCAGGAGGAAUCGCUCGCGCAGCGCCGCUCCUGGGGGGAGAACAUCACCUACUACACCGGAAUCGGCUACCUCGCCGGCGCCACGGCCGGCGCCGCCCAGGGUCUCGGCACCGCGGUCAAGGCGAUCGAGCCCACCGAUACCCUAAAGCUGAAAAUCAACCGGAUCCUGAACGGCUCGGGCCACAAGGGCCGCCAGAUCGGCAACCGCUGCGGCGUGAUCGGGCUGAUGUACGCCGGCCUCGAGAGCGGGAUGGUCGCGUGGAGAGACACCGACGACGUGAUCAACAGCGUCGUCGCGGGCCUGGCCACCGGAGCGCUCUACAAGGCGGCGUCCGGGCCGAGGGCGGCGGCGCUCGCGGGAGCGCUCGGAGGCGUGGUGGUCGGCGCCGCCGUCGCCGGGAAACCCUACCUGAAACGAUACAUACCGCUUUGAGUAGUCAAUUUUUUAAAAAAGCAACAAAUUCAUCUUCUCGAUUUUGAAAUUUGCAUUUACGUUUGCUGUGUUCGUGAUCUUCAAUUGAUUAAUUGAUGGCCUAGAGGUGAAAUUUUGAUAGUCGAUGAGCUGUUCCGGCGAUGGAAAUUCGAAUCUUUGGCAUAAAAGAGGCACAAUUUUUUUCUCUGUAGUGAGUAUAUGACAUAAUGUUGUAGAAUGAGAUUUCAUUUUCCUGAAUAAUGCCCAGGAAACAUUGGCUACUGCUAUCCUUUAUAUUCACUUUCAGAUAAUGUUGUGUGCUUUUCUUCUUGCAUA